GAGUAAUGCUCCUUCUUCCUCUUCCUCUCCCUCCCAGCGACCUGCCGUUCACUUCAGCUCUAGGGUUGACAUUUUAUUUGCACCGACCAUCCUUCCAUUCUCCUUUGUGAGCAUUACCUCUGCCUCACUUCCCCCACCCCAGGACCAGCCUUCCUCCGCCAGUCCAGAGCCAUGCAGGCCAUCAAGUGUGUGGUGGUGGGAGAUGGAGCUGUGGGCAAGACCUGUCUCCUCAUCAGCUACACCACCAAUGCCUUUCCUGGAGAAUACAUCCCCACUGUGUUUGAUAACUAUUCGGCCAAUGUGAUGGUUGACAGCAAGCCCGUAAACCUGGGGCUGUGGGAUACAGCAGGGCAAGAGGAUUAUGACCGGUUGAGGCCACUUUCCUAUCCUCAGACGGAUGUCUUCUUGAUCUGCUUCUCUCUCGUUAGCCCGGCAUCUUAUGAAAACGUCCGCGCUAAGUGGUUCCCUGAGGUUCGACACCACUGUCCCAGCACCCCCAUCAUCCUUGUGGGAACCAAGCUGGACCUUCGAGAUGACAAGGACACCAUUGAGAAGCUGAAGGAAAAGAAGCUGGCACCCAUUACCUAUCCACAGGGCCUUGCGCUGGCCAAGGAGAUUGAUUCUGUGAAAUAUUUGGAGUGCUCGGCGCUGACGCAGCGCGGCCUCAAAACCGUGUUUGAUGAGGCGAUCCGAGCGGUGCUGUGCCCCCAGCCCACCAGGCCGAAAAAGCGGGGGUGCAGUCUCCUCUAGGGAUUCCAGCCUUGUCCCCCCAUCCCUAAAAUCGCAUCCCGGAGCCAAGCUCUGCUCAUUCAACAGAGAUGGACAGCCUCAGCCUCGGACCUUAGCACCCCUUGGUGAUCAUUGCGCUUUCUGUGUCUGCUGCCUGAAAAGAAGACAGUUUUGGAUCGUAGCUCCAGUUCAUCUGUUUGCACAACCCUCCCGCCUUCCCCCACCAUCCAUUACUAUACAGUGAGGGAGACUCAAUAAACCGACUGUACCUUCC